GUAAUUGCUUGACACGAUCAAUCAUUCAACCGGUUCUAGCGGCGAUUCUUAAUUUAUGGAUGCAAGAAUGUUGUGUUUCAGUGCUCCAUAGAACUCAUUUGAGCUUGUUAUUCACGUAUAGUUAGUUGACACAAUGGAGACCAUCCUUAUUUGAUAUAACAGAAUAAUAGAACAUCAGGAUAACAAUGGAGACUAUCAUUAUAUUAAUAUUACCACUAGUAAUAAAUUCAGCAAAUGCUGCUUUCCCAAAUUCUAAUAGUUGCGGAGUGGACAAUGCAGAUCGGAUUUAUCCAGGGAACAUUACAGGCAUUACCAGUUAUCCUUGGGCGAGCAAUUUGAUUUUUCACGAAAGCGGACGAAACGAAGAUCUUUUUCGUUGCGGAGGAAGUUUGAUUUCUGAUCGUUAUGUACUUACAGCAGCACAUUGUUUCGACAGUCUUGGCGAUGGCUAUGAACUUCAACGCAUACGAUUCGGUGAAUGGGACGUCCAAAAUGAACUGGAUUGUGAUUAUCAUGGUUACUGCAAUGAGCCAAUUUUGGAAGUCGGGUUUGAAAAGAUUGUUGCUCAUAAGGAUUACAAUGAACGAACAUUAAUCAACGAUAUUGCACUGAUUAAAUUGAACGAAAGCAUUGAAUUUACAGAAGCCAUUUCACCAGUUUGCUUACCUUUGAGUAAGGAAUUGGAAAACCUGGAAGUUGGAAAUAAAAAGUUUACAAUCGUCGGGUGGAAAAAUAUCAGACAUAGAAAUGGAACAUAUGAACCUACUAGCCCGAUCAAGUUACAUGACUGGAUGUUGGAAGAAGUCGACGCGGAAACCUGCAGCAAUUUGGUUGGUGAGCCUAUCAGUGCGUCACAGAUAUGCGCACUAGGCAAAGAUACAUGCCGCGGCGAUUCCGGAAGUGGAUUGAUAAGAAAGGUGAACGGUUUCUACUCUGUCAACGGUAUUGUAAGCGUGGGAUGUGGUGGCAAAAAUGUACCAGCUGUGUAUACUAAGGUAGAUAUGUUUUUGGAUUGGAUCAGAGAUAAUAUAGUGGAUUGAGCUAUGAAAGUUUCAAAUAAAAUGUAGUGGAAUGAUUUUAUGUACAAUGGGAGACAUCUUUGCUGAGCUGGGUUUCCUAUUUGAAUGCGAUUUCAAAAAGUUGGAUCCCAACUGUUUCUUAACAAAAAUAUGUGAAAACAACCUGUUUCCAGCAAACUUUGUCCUGCUUACUUCGUUUAUUGGCGUUCCAAGUCAAAGUCCUCGUUCAAGGGGAUAGACUAAAUGAUCGGGACAGGCAAAAUAUUCACUUUUCAAAAAAAUGGUCAACAAGCUGUAACUUUUCGAAAAAUGCAUCAAAAAAUGUCAAAUUUUUACUUUAAGUUGGUCAACUAGUUAUCUAGGGUUCUAAUUCGGGGUCG